AUCUCAGCCUGCUCUCACACUCCCAGACCUCGGUCCACCGUACGUAAGCUGGAGCCAGCACCGACCACCUACAAUAGCAAUAUUGACAUGGCCGGCUCCGAUCAGCAGCGGUGCUCCCCUUCCUCGCCGUCGUUGUCCUCUCAUCUGAAGCGCCCCGCCGGGCGCACCAAGUUCAAGGAGACGCGUCACCCGGUGUACCGCGGCGUGCGGCGCCGCGGCAGCGCCGGCCGGUGGGUGUGCGAGGUGCGCGUCCCCGGCAAGCGAGGCGAGCGGCUCUGGCUCGGGACGCACCUUACCGCCGAGGCGGCCGCGCGUGCGCACGACGCCGCCAUGCUCUGCCUGCUCGACCGCCGCGCCCCGUGUCUCAACUUUGCCGACUCCGUCUGGCUCCUCGCCGUGCCGUCCGCGCUCUCCGAUCUCGCUGAUGUCCGGCGCGCGGCUCUCAGCGCCGUCGCGGAUUUCCAGCGCCGGGAGGCCGCAAGCGGCGCCGCCACGAGGGCCCAGGCGGCGGCCGCCCUCAUUGACGAGGGAACCUGUAGCCAAUCCGCGCAGUCGUCCAUGGAAAAUACCGGCUCGUCGUCGACGUCGUCAUCCCUACCUUCAGCCGACGGAAUGCUUGAGGUGCCGACCACACUGGGCAGCAACAUGUUCGAGCUGGACAUGUCCGGGGAAAUGGACCUGGACACAUACUAUGCGUACUUCGCGGAGGGGCUUCUCCUGGAGCCGCCGCAACCGCCGGCCGCCGGCGCGUGCUGGGAUACCGAUGGCGGUGGAGCAGACGCCGCGCUCUGGAGCUACUAAAAUACUCCGGCCAGCUGCUUUGACUCUAUGCAUGGAACAAACCGAAGCUGUUCCCUUCCAGCAUGAUAAAAUUGUGGAACUAAAAUCCAUCAAAUACUGCGACACAGCUGCAAAUGCAAACAAACGAAGUUCUAACCUAGGCACAGGAGCAAGAAAAUGACACAUGAAAUGACAUGACUGCUCGAAGAAUAAUAAUAGUCCACAGAAGAUCCUAGACUGGUGGCAAAUGACUGCCAAAAAAGGUACACUAUCACAUGAUGUGUCAUGACUAUAA